AACUUGGCAACUAUUCUUAGAAUUGCACAGCAUCGUAUCAUGCUGCUGGAGAGAAUUACAUAUGUGUCAUAACAUAAGAGGUGUGAUUAAUAUCAAAUGAGCCUAACCAGGAACUCUUUGCGACCGAGCAAGGCUGAAAACACAAAUCAAAUCCACUGUCACUGAAACUAAGGUGGUGACAUUCCUCAAGUAAUUAACUGUGCUGAGAUUCAUCCGAUACUAGCAGGCCUGUACUUUCAGUGCCAGAAGCAGUGAUCCUGAACUCAAAGGCUGUUUUCUUAAGGACUCUUGAGAAACCUUUGGAUCUGGUGGAGGAUUUGCCCGACUCGCGUGACACCUCUGUGAUUUAUGCACUUUGGCGUUCCCCAGUUGGAGUGGGUGCUCGAACAUGCCUCCUCUCCGUAAUGUUAUUCCCCACAUGGCAAUCAGUGCAGCAGCUCUCUACUUCUGGUGCUGUGUGAGUCUCAUUUCAGCGCUGGGUGUGGUACAGGAAGUACUAGACUGCGACCGAGCCGCUGUGUCUCAGAAGGACGUAACUGGUUGCUUCUGCAUUGUGGCUUACAACAAGAACAUACUGACCCGCUUCGACACGAAGGCGGGCCGGCUGACAGUGGAGAGCUUGACGGUGAAAAACGAGGUGGACAGCCUGAACAAGGAUCCGAGAGCCCUGAAGAUUAUCCAGGAUGGGAUCCAGGACUCUGUCAAUUUUCUCAGCCUGCUUCUGGAGGCCGGAGCUGACACUCUCGAUCGGGAAGUGUCCCCUUCAGUGACCAUCUCCUUCCACGACCUGGAAGACUUUGACCAUUCCAGCCAACUUCAGUGUACAGUCGCCGGCUUCUAUCCAAGUGCCCUCAAUGUGACCUGGCUGAAAAAUGAUGGGAACAUUGAUGAGCAAGUGGUACAGACUCAGAUCCUUCCCAACAGUGAGAAGGCCUUCCAGACGGCUGCAUUCACCAACAUUGACCCCAAGACAGAGGACACGUACACGUGCUUUGUGGAGCAUGUCACUUUUCCAGACGGACUCCGCACCAACUGGGUCCCCCAACCUAAGAGCUCACUGUCUGCUGCGGCCAUUGUUGGAAUAUUGUUCGGAAUUGGUGGCAUCCUGACUGCCAUAACUGGAGCUGUUUUUCGAAUGAAACGUCAAGGCUACCAACCCCGAAUCCCUGGACUAAAAGCUCUUGGUCACUCUUGCUUCCCCACAGUGCUUUUCUGGAAAAAUCAACAGCAGCAGAAGUCGAACCGCAGUCAGGCCAGUAUGCAUUCGAACACCUCAGCCUCCAGUGCAACUUCAGGAGAUGGCUUGACAAAGGACACGGUAUAAGGACCUCGAUUGAAGACAGAAGCUGGUACUCCUUGUGCAGAAUGUGAGCCAGGAGACUAUCGCAGGAUUGCAGCAUUGUAACAGCGCAGAAGGAGGCCUUUCAGCCCAUCCUAUCUGCACCGGCUCUCCAAAUGAGCAAUUCACCCAGUGCCACUCCCCCGUCCUCUCCCUGUAACCCUACACAUUCUUCCUUUCCAAAUAAUGACCUAACUGCCUUUUGAAAGCUCUGAUUCACCCUGCCUCCCCCACACUCUCAGGCAGCGCAUUCCCUAACCACUUGAUGCAUGAAAAAGUUCCUUCUCGUAUCUACCUUGCUUCUUUUACCAAUCACCUUAAAUCCGUGUCCCUCUGGUUUUCGAUUCCUUCCGCCAAUGGGAACAGUUUCUCCCUAUCUGCUCUGUCCCAGACUCCUCGUGAUUUUGAACACCUCAAUCAAAUCUCCUCUCAACCUCCUUUUCUCCAAGGAGAACAGUCCCAGCUUCUCCAAUAUUUGGUUUGAAAAGAGCAUUCAGCGUCGAAGAUUGAAGGAGGAAUGAGCACCCAUGAUUGGAAAUCCAGAUGAGCGAGCUUAGCUUUUAUUUUCCUGGACUGUCGGACUAGUUGGUGGGGAGCUUUCAUCCUCCAGCCCGCCCCAGACUGUCCAAAAUUUUACAGUGGGAUGGGCGAAGCCUAGAAGCCAAGGCCAGCAAGGCGGCCCUUGCCCCAGUUGGGGCCGUUAAGGGGGCAAUUAAUGAUGAAUUGACUGCUGCACUUUGCUAACUCCAUCACAUCAACAAAUGAUGCCAAACGUGGCAUCGGAGAUGGUUGGGAGAGCUGUACAUUAAAGCCAAUAAUUUCAAUCAGGUUUAUAUCUAAAUUAGCAAAAGCCUAAUUCUUCUGUGUGUGAGGAUCCAUAUUUUCUAUUAAAGUUUAUUUGGUUCCUA